UUUAAGAAGCAGAAAUAGGCAGCAUCAUCUUCACAGUCUGCGUAGAGCUUCCCAGACAGGUGCAGAGAGACUAAACACAAAGGAACAUCUUGACUGACAAAAAGGAGUUUUCUUAGUAAACCAAAUUAAAUUCUAAACUGUUACAAUGACCCAGGGAAAGGUUCCAGUAACAAACAAGUCGAACAAUGGCUUAGAUGUCCAGACAAUGCCCCCAGCUCCUCCAAGUUAUGCGGAGGCGAUUGCUGAUGAUGGAAGUCCAUGUUAUAGUGGAGCCUACACUGGUGAUGGUGAGAUGCUCACAGAGUUCAGCUGGGAUGACCAAAACAUCAGGAGGAUAUUCAUCCGCAAGGUGUACAGCAUCCUGAUGCUCCAGCUCACUGUAACAGCUGCCUUUGUGGCCAUUUUUGUUUUCUGUGAACCAGUGAAAAAUUACAUCCAAGCCAACCCUGGCUGGUACUGGGCAUCAUAUAUCGUGUUUUUUGUAACAUAUCUGACCCUGUCCUGCUGCCGUGGACCUCGGAGGCAGUUUCCAUGGAACCUGAUUCUGCUCAUAAUCUUUACUCUGUCUCUUUCCUACAUGACAGGGAUGAUGUCCAGCUACUACAAUACAACAUCUGUAAUCAUCUGUCUGGGUAUUACUGCCUUAGUGUGUCUUGCUAUAACCAUCCUUAGCUUUCUAACCAAGAUCGAUAUUACUUCAUGUCGAGGUGUGCUAUUAGUUUUCUGCACAGCUAUGUUGUUUUGUGGGAUUGUCCUGGCAUUCAUCCUUCCCUUUGGAUAUGUUCCAUGGUUGCAGGUUGUUUAUGCUGCCUUGGGAGCAAUACUGUUCUGCAUGUUCUUGGCUUUUGACACACAGAUGCUGAUGGGUAGCAAGCGAUACACCAUAAGUCCAGAGGAAUACAUCUUUGCCACCCUCAGCAUAUACCUGGACAUUGUUUAUAUUUUCUCCUUCUUUCUCCAGUUAUUUGGAACUUCUAAUCGGGAUUGAAUGUGCUUUUAAACCUGAAGUUGUUACAGCUCUCUUGAUGUGCACAGGCUCCUGACUUUCUAUUGUCUCCCUGCUCUGUGUGAUCCUGUCCUCUGCAGCAUGAUGUGAUCUCCAGUUCAAGCUGCUGUGUAUCAAGCUCCUCACCUCAGCCUUUUCCUGCUACAAUGUGCCACACAUUUAUCCUGUAGUGUGAUAGAGGUCUUCCAUUUCAAAUGCAAACGUAAGUGCAUUGGUAAAGCUGACAACAUACAUCUAGUUGUACAAAUGUUGUCAGAAAAAAAAAAAAUAUGAAAUACACAGGUGUCGACAUCUGUAAACUUCAGUGCAUAUUAAAUGUUUAACAUACACUAUGCGUACACAAGUUUUUUAUGUUUUGAAUGGACAAAACCAUUAGUAGUGAAAGUGCAUUAUGCUUUUGCAUGAAAGUGAACAAUUUUGCCAGAUACGUUUGUUGACAUAGAUCAAGAGUUGAAAAUGUUAAGUAGAAAUCAUCGAUCUGUUUAGAUAUCACUGCAUGAGGACAUUUUAUCAUUUUAAACAUUUGAAAAAACCAUACGUAGAAACUACAGUAGAUAUUGUACUGAGUAUUUCAUGAGGUCAAUAGCUGGCUGACUGGCUGGAUUUGAGGAGUGCAUGUAUAAAUCAAAUUAACAUUGAGAUUAUCCAAGUUGCAGUUUCUUUGGUAAUCAAUGUUUCUAUUUGAAUUCUAUUUGAAUUUACCAUAAAAAAUGUCAUUGCAGUAAUUUUCACUGCCAUUUCAUAGUCAUUGAUUUAAUUGUGAUACGCUUCAUUGAACAUUAUUUAUUUAGCUCAUUUUUCAUUCCUGAGAGAAUAAAUGUAUCAUCUAUUUUUGAAGAAAAGGCAAAUAAUUUUUUUUAAGAAAAUGGUUUGUAAAUUAUUUUUUAAGUGUACAUAGUUGCACAAUGUUUAAUAAAAUAGUAUGAAACCAUUCUAACUGGAAUUAAUCAGAAUGCAGUAGGCAUAUUACAUAAUUAUUUGUGGCUUUUAUCAUGGUAACAGUAGAGUUUUGAUUGUCUUAAACAGUUUAAUAAAGUGGAAUAAUGAAAAUGUAUUUUUCACUUGUAAAUUGCAAAAUCAUCAAAAAUGGCUUUGUUAGGUUACUUUUUAGCUACUAAAGCAAAUUAAUGUGAACAUUCUUGCAUUUCCUCUGAAACAAAUAAAUAAAU